CCUUUAUUGACCUUUUAUUUCCUCGAGCGCUCCAGGUUCACGUUAGAUUUGGCCCUUAUGAAUAUUCAAUAACUUUCUACUGAUAUCCUGAUCUUUCACCAUUCCAAGCACGAUUUGACGUUGAAAAUCUCAGCCCGUCAUGCCUCCAUCCGACCCAAAGAUCAAGGCAGUCUUCUUUGACUUUAUGGGCACCUGUCUCGAUUGGCACACCAGCGUAGUUCAAUCUUUGCCCGCCUCGAUUCCCAAGACCGAAGUGUCCAAUCUUGCUCUUGAAUGGCGCAGACAGUACUUUAUCGAAAACGAUCAGCGCUUCCAUCAAAAUCUCCAACCGGAAGACAUUGACGAAACACUUUCCCGCACCCUUCAAGUCGUACUCGACCAGUCCCCCAACCACAAAUCCCACUUUGAUGCUGAUAUCAAAAGACGAAUGAUUGAGGCGUGGCACUCUCAGCCUGCUUGGCCGGAAGUCCAAAGUGCCAUACGGAGCAUUCGUGAAGAUCUCGGUCUUGAGGUUUUCGUUCAUGCCAAUGGUACGACUCGUCUACAGCUUAACCUCACUCGCUCUUCGGGAUUGAGUUUCAACAUGUUAUUUUCCAGCCAGUUGCUAGGGUUAUACAAACCUAGUCCAGAUGCAUAUAAGAAAGCAUUGCAACUUGUGAUGCUGAGGCCUGAGGAGGUGGUGAUGGUUGCAGCGCAUGCAUAUGAUUUGCGAGGGGCUCAAAACUGUGGGAUGAAGACUGUCUAUAUCCACCGUUGGACCGACGAUGUCGAUGAGGAUAUGAAGAAAGUUGAAACGGAGUUUGAUGCGUUCUUGGAGAAUAUGGAUGACCUCCCGUGAUUGUCCCUACACACUUACUAUGAGUUUUGAGGACGAAAUUUCUUUAUUUACCUGUCACAAUGCAGGUGCAGGGAUAAUCUCAUCAUUGCCCAUGCAUUUGGCUACCGUGAUAACGCUCUUUAACAUUCUCGUUGACAGUUUAUUAGAUCGCUGAGGAAUCUCGUCACGACGGGAGGCAUUGUAAUUACAUGUUUUGUACAUCGAGCAUAAGAUAAUACACCGCUGUUGACAGUGUGACUGGG